CCAGAGUUACCAUGGCGACGUGGCCCUGUCGCCAGCCCAGCAGUCAGCCCAGCAGCCGAAAGGAAUCCGAUGAAACUCUCCUGUCAGGGCCCCUGGUUUUUGCCGGCUCCUCGGAAAAGGACGUCAGCUUGGCCAAGCAGUUCUGGAUGUCAGCGUCGCUGCAUCCUCCCAACGAGUCGCAGCUGGUCCUGUCCAGAGACAGCAAGCAGCGCCUGCCGGUUGCCCGGCCCUCGAGGUGCAGCGCGACAGAGAAAUGCUACCAGCCAUCUCCCCUUGAGAAACCCGAUACAGAAGCUGAGAAAGUCCUAAAGAUUCGAGAAUCAGAGGAGAAACUAAAGUAUCUUCAAAAGGAUCUGGACAAGGAGGAAAGAAGGCCACAGCGUAACCGACGCCGUUGACGGAGGGUGUUGAAGACGACCGAAACGUGGCA